AUGGACGGAAAUCCUAACAUCUCACAGUCAGUUACCGUGGGGGACACGAAUGUCGCUGCCGGCGGAACAGUCAUCACAGGCAUCAACCAAGUCAACCUGGGUGAGAGCGAAGCGACGAAAUUGGAGCGAUGUAGAGAUACACUCUUCAUCAGUGAUCCCGAAAUCGACCGAGAAGAGCUUCUGAACCUCAAAGAGAGAACCGAAGGCACUUGCGAGUGGAUUCUGAACGACGAGAUGUAUCAGUCUUGGCAAAAAUCCGACACCUCGCAGCUUCUGUGGAUAUCGGGCGGCCCAGGACGUGGAAAGACAGUGCUGUCUGUCUUUCUUUCCCAAAAGCUCGAGACCUUGGCGCAGGCGAGAUCCGGUCACUUGCUGUAUCACUUCCACGGGAGACAAAAUGGGGAGUACGGAAGAACAUCCGCCAUCCUGAGAACGUUCCUUUACCAAAUAUUCAGCCUACGACUAGACCUCGCCAAAUACGCCAUCGGCCGCAUGGGAACGGAGAACAGAACGAAACACACGCUAGAAUCUCCAGCAACACUUCAGGCUAUUCUCAAUGAUGUUCUUGGUGAUCCCACGCUCGGACCUGUGGUUUGCCUGUCGGAUGGACUUGAUGAAUUCGACGGCGACGAAAGGGAGCUUCAAUCGCUCAUCACGUUCUUCCGAAGCUUGGCCGAAAGCUCUUCGAAACCAAGAAGAGUAACGCCAAAUACCUUCAAGCUCCUCAUAUUCAGUCGCGAGAUGGUUCAUCUGCUCAAUUGUCCUCAGUUGGAUCUUGAGUUGAAGGUCGAAACCAUGACAUCGGAUGUGAUUCGUUUUAUUGACGCCAGGAUCAAGGAGCAUCCGGCAUAUAAGAAGAUCAGUCAAAAGGCAUGGUCCAAGCUCGCCCAUAACAUUCAACAACGUUGCAACGGCACGUUUCUGUGGGCCGCCUUCGUGCUUGAUGAGAUUCGGCAGAAACGCACCGAAUCAGAGAUUCGACGAGUGAUCAAGAACAUUCCGGCUGGACUAGAGGACAUUUACCACGGAAUAUUGUUGCGGAUCGACGACGACGAUCGGGAAGAAGUAGCCCGGCUCCUUCGAUGGGUGGCUGUAACUUUUCAGGCCCUGACCGUACCACAACUGGCGGAAGCCCUGUACAGCGAAGACGAGGAAAAGCCCGCCGACGAGAGUCUCCAAAGAGUGGAAGACCUUGUAGCGAUGUCUAGGUCACUGGCGAGGGUGGAACGUAUGCAACCCGGAAGGGACGAUAUUGAUCACACAGGCCCCAACGGGUUUACGGCUCUGUGGUAUGCGACUAUGGCACAAGACGAACAGACUGCCAAACUGCUUCUCGACAAGGGUGCUUCGGUCGUCAAACAAAGCUUCAGUGAAGGCUCUCCACUAAGCAACGUCUUCGUGUGCGGAAAUCUGCUCCAAUUGCUUCUGGAUAACGAAAUGCACACCGAUCCCAAUACAUCGGACGCCCUUUCAUAUGCCGCCAUGCGUAAUCGCCAUCAAAACAUACUUUUCCUGCUUGAUCUGGGAUUCAAUCCGAACUCCGAAAUGACAGACAUCAAUGGUGUGAUAUCUCGCCCUCUUCAUCAAGCUUCAGUUUUCCUCAAGGAAGAUGGAAAGGAUGCACUGGAGGCACUUCUCCGCUACGGCGCUGACGUGAAUGUAGCCGUUAUUCCAAAUCAGCAGACACCAUUACACACGGCAGCAGGAUACAACGAGCCCUGGAUGAUUCAAAAGUUGGUUGAUCACGGAGCUGAUACUGAAGCAAGGGAACUUAACGGAUUUCGUCCAAUCGAUUUUGCACUGCUUUUGGGCGAUAUUGCGGUUGCCGAGGUGCUGCUUGAGGCCACCCACGGCGAGGCGAUCUCUUGGAUGAUUUUCCAUCUCCGUAUUCGGUUCUGGUACUUCAAUCCGAAUUGCGGCAAAUACGACUUCAACGCGGAAGUCGUUGUGAGGGUUUGCAAGCGACUCAUGCAGAAAUCGCCCAGUGGAAUCGACAGAAACCCCCUUCAAGCGGAGCUUCUCAGUAGCCACUUGAAGAAGCUCCUUGUGGUGCUGAACUGGGGCCCCUUCAGCUCGGGCCAGGCGAAAUUCGCACAUUUUCUGAUGCAGCAUGGUGGCAGAUGCGAUUCUGAACAAGAGACGACGACAGUUGAAAAACUACUGGCGCCGUUGAUGAGGGGCGAUAUCUCCGCCGCGGAGUGGGAUCAAACGUAUCUACAUGGUCGAAUUGCCGUUGCCGCCAUGAUCUUCACUGUUGCCCAAUCGCGAGCGCAAAAUGGUUCCAAGGUUUGA